UCAAACUCUAACGGAAAUCGGAAGGAAAUAAAAGUAAAACAAAUAUUAAAACACGUUCUAAGUUUUAAUAUUACAUUUCUAUUAGUACAAGUGGACUUGUUGAUUUAUUUUGUUUGAUUUUUACAAAAAUUUUUUUAAAGAGGUUAAAGAAAUUAUUUUUGAAAUAAAAAAUUAAAACAAAUAUUUAAAAUAAAAAAAGUGUGUGCUAAAAACAAAAGAAAUGGCUUUUAAAACAUUUUAUUUGGCCUUAUGGAUGUUUCUCAUUUUAUUUACUGUGGUUAAAGGUUCCUGUUUGGAAUAUGGUCAUUCCUGUUGGGGUGCACAUGGUAAACGUUCUGGCAAUAAUAAAAUCUAUCACACAGAUAUUAAGUCACCUACAGAAGUCGAUUUUCAAGAUUUAAAUGGUUUAAGUGAAAAGAACACCUAUGACAGCACAGAGGAGCAAAUAAAUGCCUCCACCGAUUCUUUAUCUGCCAAUCGCGAACUGGCAAAAGAUAUCGAUGACCUCAUAGAGACGUCCGAUAAACCAAGCAUAAAAUUUAAAAAGUUUCUAUAUAAAAAACUAAAUAAAACAAAUGGAAAACAACGAAAUAUGGAACCACCGGAACAUCAUAGCGCACAAAAAUCCAACAAUAUGCCCCUGAUCAGCGAAAGAUGGCGACGUUUUCCUUUAUAUAAUUUAAGACGCCUACAAAUCACCAAAGCCGACAACGACUGGUUAAGGGAAUUGGAAAGGGAAUCACAAACAAAUGAUGACGAUUAUAUAUAAAACUUGGACCUAAGGAAAAGCAACAGGAAAAUGCAUUAAGUAAAAAGUAUUAAAAAGGGCAGACAGACAUAACAGCAGCAGCCGCAACUUACAAAACCAAACUCAUCAAGAUAUUUCCCCUCUGAAUGUUAAACAAUUAAAUAAUUAUAAAUAUAUUAAAUAAAUUAUAUUAAAAACAAACCUCUAGAAAUUUGCAUGUUAAAGAGUAAUUAAAUAUAAAUUCAUAAAAUAAAAAAUAAUUAUAUUUAAACUUGUGUAGAGAACUUACUAAGUGUUAGUACUAUUUGUGUAUAAAUAAAAUUUUAUGAGUAAUAUUUGCAAUUAGAAAAAGAAUAUACAAACUUCAAUCAUGUUUCCAUA